AAUUAGCUCAAAAAGUAAUUUAAUUGGGAUUCUGGUAGAUUAAAUGCAUUCCUUUCUCUUUGAAAUAUUAUUUUAUAUGAAUAUGAAUUUUAUAUUUUAUAAAGCAAUACUCGUGUUGCUUUGAAUAGCGUUAAAAUGAACCACAACAAGUGGCCUCAACAUUGGUUCCGCCCUGUGUUGGUGUCCGGACUGUUUUGACUGCUACGCCACCAUGUCCAUGAUGCUCUGGUAGUUGUGGAUCUGUGACCGCUGGGAGGAAGAUGUGUCAUUCACGAGUAUAGAUGAAUGUAAAGGUAAAUGUAGCGCCUGUAGUUAAGACAGAGGGGUAAUUGAGACCAUGGCUCGAGUAGUGAGAGUUUUCCGGACUCUGCGGAACCACUGGAAGAAGUCCACAGCUGCUGUGUGCGUCCUGUCCUACGGAGGCUACUGGCUGUAUGGUAAACACUGUGACAGUGUCCUGCGGAGAGAGGCUUGUCUAGAGGCCAGGGAAUUUGGGCGUCAACAGAUAGCCCCACAGGAGCGUCUAAGGAAAGCAACAGUGAUCUUGAAUCCAGCAGCUUGCAGUGGGAAAGCCAACAACCUGUUUGAAAAGAAUGCUGCUCCUAUUUUACACCUGGCUGGUGUGGAUUUUACAAUAGUAAAGACAGAUUAUGAAGGCCAGGCAAAAAAACUGAUUGAGCUCAUGGAACAGACGGACGCGCUGAUCGUGGCCGGAGGGGAUGGCACCUUGCAGGAAGUCGUCACAGGUUUACUGCGAAGGCCAGAUCAAGAUACAAUCUGUAACACACCGAUUGGAUUCAUUCCACUGGGAUCUCACAAUUCCCUGAGUCCAAGUCUUCACCUCCUCAGUGACAACAAGGUCAAAGACAUUACGUCAGCAACUCUGUCCAUUCUGAAAGGAGAAACUGUACCUCUGGAUGUGCUGCAAAUCAAAGGGGAGAAAGAGCAGCCAGUCUUCGCCCUGAUGGGACUACGUUGGGGUGCUUUUAGAGAUGUGGCUGCAACAAUCAGCAAAUAUUGGUACCUUGGACCACUAAAGACAAGUGCAGCACACUGGUUUAGUACUCUACGGGAGUGGCCUCUGGUCCGGGAGGUCUCGGUGUCCUACCUGGAUCCCAGCCUCCGGCCCCCUGACCAGCUCCCUCAGAAGCCCCCCAGACCCAGCCUGCUCUACCGCAUCAUGCUCAGGCUGAAAAACCGCUGGAGCCCUCCUGUCGAAGAGCCUCCUAAAGUGGAAGAGCCAGAGCAGUGGAAGGAGGAGCAGCUGUCUACAUUGGAGCUGUUUAUUCAAACGCACAACAAAAACCCAGUGGAGAGGCGCAUAAAUGACUCCCUGAUGAUCUGUGCAGAACCAGACAACUUCACAGUGGGCGAGUACAUCACUGUCGGAAAGAAAAAAGAAGAGGACCCCACUGUGUUCACUAAAGACUCCACAAAACUGGAAGCCAGUGCUUGCCUGCUGCAGCUGCCAGAGGGUACCGCCGGCUUCUACAACAUCGACAACGAGGAAUACGAGGCCAUGCCCGUAGAGGUAAGGCUGUUGCCACGGAAACUACGCUUCUACAUCAGUGCAGAGCGAAGAGAGCAGCUCCUCGCACAGAUGCAGUGAUGAAAAAAAAAACACUGAACCGGAAAGAAGACCAGAACAGCGAGGGAAAAAACUGAUUUCAAGAGAAACGCAAAAGCAAAGAGCCAGAUGCAAUGAGACUCUGAGGUCAUUUUGAAAACAGAUGUCCGCUUCGCCGGCAGUUUUAAAUGCUGAUGAGGUUCUGAUGGAUUAUUUUACUACAUGUAAAAAUGUAUAGAAUAUUCAGUUGAACAAUUAGGAGGAUUACAUUACAUGCUGUUGUAUAUUAAAGGACCAAGGCUUUGUUUCUUUAAGCCAGUAACCCGGGUACAGGUUGUCUUACAAGCUGACUUUAUGUUUACUGAAUGGUUUACUAUUGCCAUCACAUUUGAACUUGGUCAAUAAAAAUAAUGUCUGUCCAAUUCAA